ACACAAGUUUAUGUUUUUCUUCUUCUUCUUCCUCUCUCUCUCUCACACAGAAAGUGUUUUACUGUUUUCUCUAAUCACUAUACGCUUCAACAGUUUCUCCACACGCAUCCUUGAGAAUGUCUGAAUUUCUAGCAGCAGAGCAUGAUUACAUAGGUUUGUCUGAGUUUCCAACCAUGGAAGCAACAAAACCAACGUCUGACAACAAAACCAAAACCACAGACAACAACAACAACAACGACGAUGACGUUCUGAAUUUCAAGGCCACCGAGUUAAGACUCGGUUUACCCGGUUCUGAGUCACCGGAACGAGUUGACCAGCGGCUCUGUUCUCUCAAGAGCUCAUGUCCUGUGUCAGGUGCCAAAAGGGUGUUUUCUGACGCCAUUAACGGGUCUACCAAAUGGGUCUUCUCCACUGAUAGCUCCGCCGUGGAAGAUAUUAAACCGGACGUUCCGGUUAAGGAGAAGAAGAGCUCUGCAUCAGCAGCAGCUCCAGCUUCGAAGGCACAAGUUGUGGGUUGGCCACCGAUUAGAUCAUUCAGGAAGAACACAAUGGCUUCUUCUCAGAAACAAGGUGGUGGUGGUGAUAAUAAUAACAAUAACUCAGAGACUGAAGGAGAAGCAAAGUCUGGACCAGAGCCUUGCUUGUAUGUUAAAGUGAGCAUGGAAGGUGCUCCUUACUUGAGGAAAAUCGAUCUCAAGACUUACAAGAGCUACGUUGAGCUCUCUUCUGCUCUUGAGGAGAUGUUCAGCUGCUUCACUAUUGGUCAGUUUGGGUCUCAUGGAGGGUGUGGCAGAGAUGGGUUAAACGAGAGUCGCUUAACUGAUCUCUUGCGUGGUUCUGAGUAUGUUGUUACUUAUGAAGACAAAGACAGUGACUGGAUGCUGGUUGGUGAUGUCCCUUGGGAAAUGUUUAUAUGUUCUUGCAAGAAGCUGAGGAUCAUGAAGAGCUCUGAGGCUAUCGGCUUAGCUCCAAGGGUGAUGGAGAAAUGCAGAAGCAGGAACUAG